AUGUUAACAUGUACGGCAUGCCGCUUGGCGUUUACAUCGCCUAUAGAGCAGAAGGAUCAUUUUUGUAUGGACUGGCAUCGUUAUAAUUUAAAGCGAAAAGUGGUCGAAUUGCCGCCAGUGUCAGAGGAGCAAUUCGAGUGUCGUAUGCGCAAGGUGCGGGCGGAGAAAGAGGCGCAAACUAUUAAGGAUCCGAAACAGAAGCAACGUAUCCGAAUGGAAGAGAUGAAGAAAACAGGAGUGAAGAAGGUACUGAAAUGUGUGGUUUGUAAUAAAGUUUUUACGACCAGUAACGCCUACGAGAAUCAUUUGGCAUCGAAGAAACAUUUGGUCAAUGCUAAGAAGAAUUCUGUCAUUGCUACGACGGUAGAGAUGGUAGCAAAGCAGAUGAAGGUUCCUUUGCUGGAUGAGAGUGCGAUUAAUGAGAAUAUUGAAGAAAGAGGUUUGAAGGAAAUGACGGAGGAAGAGCUCGUGAAGGAGAUUGAAGAGUACAAGAAGCACGUACCUCUAGAGAAGGAGGAUUGUAUCUUUUGUACAUACCACGCAGUUGACUUGAAUGCAAGCUUGGAUCACAUGCUAAAGGAGCAUGGUUUCUUCAUUCCUGAUGUGGAGUUUUUGGUAGACGUAGAAGGAUUAAUUGGCUACUUAGCUGAGAAGGUCAAGGUCGGAUUCUACUGCUUGUAUUGCAACGGCAAAGGCAAAGUCUUUCGCUCCUAUCAGAACGUGCAAAAGCACAUGACGUCACUCUGUCACUGUAAGCUACGUUAUGCUGACGAAGACGUAGACGAGUUGUUAGAGUUCUAUAACUUUGAGUCUCAGUACGCAACGUUAAAGGAGAGCAAGAUUGCUGCAGAAGAUGAGGUCGAGUGGGAGACUGACAGUGAAGCUAGUAUUGACAGUGACGAAGAGGUUGUUGACGAACAAAUAGAAGAAGAGGGUGAUGACGAUAACGACGAAAACACCAUCGGCGUGUCCGAGACAGGUGAGCUGGUGCUAGCCAACGGCCGCCGACUUGGUCGUCGUGAGUUCCGUCGCUAUUACAAACAGCAUUUUCAUCCGGAUGAGACUCGUGCGUCAGUGCUUGCUGCUACCAAAGAGAAUAUGUUGCAAGCAUAUCAAACAGCUGGGAUUGACUCACGUGGCGGCAGUACCGCGUUGUCAACGGCGUUUGUGGCUAACUUUCUCAAGAAACGCAACAAUAUUACCGGCGGCCUGUCGAUCGUCCAAGCCAAGCGCAAGAAUUUCUGGCAUGAAAAGAACCGCUCACGUCUGGACAAUCGCAGUCACAAGUUGCAAAGGAAUCCAAAUCGUAAGGCCAUGGUGACAGUUUAG